AUAUUUUUUAACAUGUUGGACGAAUUUGACGAGUAUGCUAUUGGCAAUACCAAGACUGCCACAGAUGCCGGAUAUUUUGAAGAUGGCUCCUCUCAGAGAUCUAAUACAAGCUGGCUUGGAUCUAUGAUAAGCUCUAAAGAAGAAUCAGGGUUGCUUGAUGAUGAGAUUGAAGGACAAUCGUUAAUGGGAAACAGGCAAACCCAAGCUAACACUUCAGAGGAAUCAGGGAUUAUGAGCUAUAUCCCAUCUAUCAAUACCUCUUUCUUUGAAGAUAACAAAUAUGUUAAAAGCUUAAAAGGGUACAGUAACUGGAAGAUAGCAGUUGUGCUCUGGAUGCUAGGGUUAGUCAUGCUAUUCUUUGCAAUGUGUGAACUGCCAUUUAUUGCUAUUUUCCCAAAAUCUUUCAUCAGGAACCUCUCAUUAGGCUCAACUUUGAUAUACUCAGGGAUGGCCUUUUACAUGGGUCCAUAUGAGUAUUUUAUAAGUAUCUUCGGAAGCCAGACUAUAGUACUGACUCUUGGAUCCUAUUUGGUGUGAACUUGAAUUGCAUUCUACUGUGUUAUAUUCGGGGUUGGAUAUUUUUCAGCCAUUUUCCUCUCAGUUGUCCAGAUUGGCUCCAUGGUAUGGUUGCUUAUUAAGCUUUUCCCUGUGUUUACCAGCGGCGCUACUGGGAAAAUGAACGAAGCUAUAGUAAAAACCGGUGCUCAAUUUAUGUAUGAGAAGGCUAAAGAAACAUUGGUAUAA